AUGGAGUCUUCCUCCAAGACCUUCAUGAGACACCUGCCAGUCACACCAGGCUACAGUGGCUUCGUGCCCUACCUUAGCUGCCAAGAAUCCACCAGCAAGGACAACAUGUCCCACUGCCUGAAAACCUUCCAGGAAAGCACACGGCGAUAUAAACACCAGCUGGAGGAGUUUCGCUGCUCAGUGGCCACUGCCCGGAAGCUGAAGCCCGUUUGCUCGGAGGAGACGGUCCUGCGGGAGCUGCAUCAGUAUUAUCGGCAGUAUCACCCCCUGAGUUUGGAACGCAAACACGUAAAGAAACCUCUCCAGGAGCCUCCAAUCCCCGGCUGGGCUGGCUACCUCCCGAGAGCCAGGGUCACGGAAUUAGGCUGUGCCACGAGGUACACUGUGAUGGCCAGAAACUGCUACAGAGACUUCCUGGACCUCGUAGAGCAGGCCAGGAAGGCACACCUGAAGCCAUAUGAGGAAAUAUAUGGAGUCGGGUCCACACAGCCUCCUUCUGCUCCUUCUCCAAAGGUUUUGCAGCACCAAGGGCUAUUGCCAAAAUAUCCGGAGUUUUCUAUCCCAGGUGGUAGCUGUCCUGCCCACGGAAGACCCCUGACAGAGGACCCCAGGCCUCCAGUGACGUGUGGCUGUGCUCAGAGAUCAACCGUGUCCUGCAACGGGAAGAUUUAUCUAGAGCCUCUGUCCUCAGCAAAGUAUGCAGAAGGCUGA